UUGGUUUGGACUACACAGAAUUCAUGGAGCCGCCGCCGGCCGCAGAUCAGGAAAUAGAUACUUGUUUGUUUGGUGCGUUAAACUUGGAAACAAAAGAAGUGAAAUUUUGCAUAUAGAUCAAAGUUGAUGGCCCUAUAAAUACAAAUUGAAGUAUUGCUAUGCAUCAUCACUAAGCCAUUGCUAGUUUGAUUACCUAUCAAAACCAGAAAAACACACUGCAAUUGUUUGGACUAGUUUUAAUUUCUUCCAAUUCCAUGGCUGGGAAAGAUAGAAUCCUGAUUUUGGGACCCACUGGAGCCAUUGGAAGGCACAUAGUCUGGGCAAGUGUGAAGGCAGGGAACCCAACAUUUGUGUUGGUGAGGAACACCCCUGGCUCUAACAACAGGGUCAAUCUGGUCAAAGCUGCUAAUCCUGAAACCAAGGAAGAGCUCAUUGAGAGCUUCAAAAAUUCAGGAGUAAAUCUAAUUCAGGGAGAUAUGAAUGAUCAUGAGAGUCUGGUUAAUGCAAUCAAGCAAGUUGAUGUCGUAAUCUGUGCAUUUGGUAGACUACUAAUUGAAGACCAGUUGAAGAUCAUUGCAGCAAUAAAAGAAGCUGGAAACGUCAAGAGAUUUUUUCCAUCUGAAUUUGGAUUGGAUGUGGAUCGUCACGAUUCAGUUGACCCAGUUAGAGAAGUUUUCGAGGAAAAAGCAAGAAUUCGAAGAAUAAUUGAAGCCGAAGGAAUUCCAUACACUUACCUAUGUUGUCAUGCCUUUACUGGUUACUUCUUACGUAACCUGGCACAGAUUGACAUCACUGUUCCUCCGAGGGACAAGGUAUUCAUUCUAGGAGAUGGAAAUGUGAAAGGAGCGUUUGUGACUGAGGCUGAUGUGGGAACUUUGACCAUCGAAGCAGCGAAUGACCCUAAUGCCUUGAACAAAACCGUGCACAUAAGACUCCCUAAGAAUUAUUUGACCAUAAAUGAGAUCAUCUCUUUGUGGGAGAACAAAAUUGGGAAGACUCUUGAAAAAACUUAUGUUUCAGAGGAAAAGGUUCUUAAAGACAUUAAGGAGGCUUCUUUUCCAAACAAUUACCUGCUGGCAUUGUACCACUCACAGCAGAUAAAGGGAGAUGCAGUGUAUGAGAUUGACACUGCCAAAGAUCUUGAGGCUUCUGAAGCUUAUCCUAACGUGGAAUACACCACCGUCGAUGAAUAUUUGAAUCAGUUUGUCUGAUUUUUGAGUAAUUGAUGCAAUUUUUGUUGCUCUGCAAAGUGCUCAAUAAAACCUAUGCCUUUUCUUUUUUGCGAAAUUGGUUGCUUUUGUCCUAUGUUUCGGAAACCAUCCACAUUAAUGUAAUCUUUUUUUUUUUUACCUUAAUAAUACUCUAAUCUGCGGUCGGAAGCACUGUUUAAAUUUUUUUA